GAACAACUACCACUUUUAAUAGCUUGUCUGCGGCUUACGCAAUUCGAUGCCGACUUUCUGUUGACACACAUACAGCCAUUACCUGGUUGUGAGCUACUGGCUUUCAAGGCGUUAUCGUGGAGCAGUGACCCUGCAGCACGGCCAAAGAUAAAUAUCCGAUUUACAAAACCACGUGAGGGCAAUGCUGGAAAUUGUGGUGAGAAAACAUUGUUGGCAGUUUGCUAUGAUUGGCCGUCAUUAAAAUUGCUGCAAUAUAACAAAGCUGAGGAUAAGUGGCAAGAAUAUGCGAUUAUAAAAAGCGAUUACAGUUCUUAUAGAACUAUUAUAAUGGAUGAUAAUAUAUUAUUUAUUGGCGGUGGUAAUGGUGGUGCAUCAAACAUCGCCCGCAGCUGGAAUAUACGAAAUAAAACAUGGCUACAUUUGGCCAACAUGAAGCAAGCAAGAUGUUAUCACUGCGUUGUCGAAUUAGAUGGUAACAUCUACGCGAUUGGUGGUCGUGAUGGUGGUAAUAUUCUGUCGUCGGUAGAAAGGUAUAUAUGUAUGAAUCUGUAACGAUGACGAUUGGGAGCUUUGACAAUUAAAGAUUAACUUUGAGAUUAAUGGUGAAAGCACUUUAGAC